AUGCAAAGCACUUCGCCACGACCAUCGCCCAAUUGCGGCUCAGAUGACUCAGGGUUGACUCUCAGCACGAGUCAUCAAGUUCAUACAGAGCUACAGGAGCGUUAUAGACCAAUCAACCGCGAGGAAUUCAAGAUUGCCAUCAUCUGCGCACUGCCACUAGAAUACGAUGCGAUGUGUUUAGCAUUUGACGAAUUCUGGGACGAAGAUGGAGAUCCGUAUGGAACCGCGCCCGGCGAUGCCAACACGUACACAACUGGUCGAAUCGGGGACCAGAAUGUUGUAUUGGUUCUCCUCCAACGGAUGGGGAAGACCAGUGCAGCAUCUGCGGUGGCCAGUAUGAAACUGAGUUAUACAGGACUGCGCCAAGCGCUUCUCGUGGGUAUAUGUGGCGGUGUUCCUAAAACUCAGAACGGAUCCGACAUCAUGUUAGGAGACGUGAUCAUAAGUAGGACAAUUGUCCAGUACGAUUUUGGCAAGAGAUAUCCUGACCGAUUUAUCCGAAAACAAACAACCACGGAGGCGCAGAGCAAUGAUUUUCGGGGCUUUGCGGUCAUGGCCGAGACAAUGCGAGGCCGGAACAAACUCAGUCAAGCAGCAUCCAAGUUACUAAACCGACUGCAAGACAAUGCCAAUGGAAGUGGUUGCGGAACAAAAUAUGUUUAUCCUGGGUUGGCAAGAGAUAAACUUUUUGAGUCAAACUACCGACAUAAACAUCACGAGUCGCCUAACUGCGCGUGCAAAGAGUGCCAUGACAUGACGUCUCCAGUUUGUGAUGAAGCUCUUACUGCUUCUUGCAGCGAGCUUGGAUGUAGCAGCAAGUUUCUAGCGCCGAGAGACAGUUACGACCGGAAACAGGACACGAAUCUGCUGGGUGGAAUGGAGGUUGCGAUACAUGUGGGAUCCGUUGCCUCAGGCGACACAGUCCUGAAGUCUGGGUUGGAUAGGGAUAAGAUAUCACAGAAAGAAGGUAUUAUUGCGUUUGAAAUGGAGGCAGCGGGAAUUUGGGACGAAAUCCCAUGUCUCAUCAUCAAGGGUGUAAGCGACUACGCUGAUAGCCACAAACACAACGAAUGGCAAAAUUUCGCAGCGGCUACAGCGGCAGCUACUACAAAUGCUCUUCUCCAGGCCUAUUCAGAGAAGAGAAAAGCUAACUUUGAAUACGAAGCGCUCGGAACCUUCCUCCAAGCCCUUCACCCUGUUGCUCGAGAGAGAGCAUUAGUUCUCCUUCGCUUUUCAUUUGGGCAACAGCCACAAUUGAUAGAGCAGGUAUCAUUUAGUCCGGUCUUAGUUAUCGAUGCCCGAGGACGCCAUCUGCCAUUCCAUCUGGAGACUAUUUCUUCCAAGGAGGUCUGCACCCCCCUUGUUCGUUAUUAA